UACCCUCUCCCUUUCUCCUUUACUCUCAUUUUCAUUCUCUGUCUCCCUCCGUACCAGAAGCGCGAGAAGCGGUGGCCGUGUGGGGACGCAAGAAGCCAGAAUAGAAUGAGGAUUCAAUAACAGAUGCAAAUUAUCGUGAAAGGACGCAGCAAAAUAUGACACAUAUCAUUUACAGAGGAGUAAAUUACAGAAAACUGUUUGGGAACUGGCUCCCUGCACCCGAACUGUGAUGCUGGAUCUUCUAAGCGUCGCGUAUUCUUGGAAGCUGAAUAGCCGUGGCUUUAAAGAGGCUGUUUAAAACGGUAUACAAACACAAGUUCUCCCGUUGUUGGACGUUUAUUGUGGUCUUUAUUUAUUUUUGCUUCAGAAUAAUCGGGUGUGGCUAGACUGUCCCAGGCUCACGUACUAACACAAUUCAAUAUAAAACAACCCCCUCAUCAAAAACAGCAUCGACUGCAGCAAAACAUGAGCUCCUAUUUUGUCAACUCCCUCUUCUCCAAAUACAAAAGUGGUGACACACUACGCCCUAAUUAUUACGAGUGCGGUUUUGCGCAGGACCUGGGGACUAGACCCACCGUCGUGUACGGUCCAGGCACAGGAGCAACUUUCCAGCAUGCCCCACAGAUUCAGGAGUUUUACCACCACGGCGCGUCCACGCUCUCGGCUGCACCUUACCAGCAGAGUCCAUGUGCCGUAACCUGCCAUGGCGAACCUGGCAACUUCUAUGGCUACGAUGCUCUCCAAAGGCAAACACUCUUCAGUGCCCAGGACGCCGACUUGGUCCAGUAUAGCGAUUGCAAACUCGCCGCGGGAGGCAUCGGCGACGAGACGGACAACGCGGAGCAGAGUCCUUCUCCUACGCAGCUGUUCCCCUGGAUGCGACCACAAGCUGCCGGACGCAGACGAGGCCGCCAGACCUACAGUCGCUACCAGACACUUGAGCUGGAAAAGGAGUUCCUCUUCAAUCCGUACCUGACACGCAAACGGCGCAUUGAGGUGUCGCAUGCCUUAGGACUGACUGAACGGCAGGUCAAGAUCUGGUUUCAGAACAGACGUAUGAAAUGGAAAAAAGAAAACAACAAGGACAAGUUUCCUAGUAGUAAGUCUGAACAGGAGGCAAUUGAAAAGGAGAAGCGGGAGAAGGAGCAGGCGGCUGGAGCACAGUCAGCAAAAGAAGACUGCGAGAAGGCGAAACAAAUAUAGGACGGAUGAGAGCAGGCAGCAAUCAGGAGCGCGCGGACACACACACAAACACACACACACACACACUUACAUACAUACAUACAGUCAUAUAUAUACUUAAAAUGGACAUCGAGGGGCCGAAGACAAAACAGUUUGGAAGGUUUGUCGAUUUUCAGUCUACGAUGAGUAGAUAGAAAUAGUUGGUGAAAUAGAUGAGCGGUGAUGGAGAAAAUGAACUCUAAAUCUGCGUGAUCAUCGAACUUUAUUAUCACGAAAGACGUGAAGCAUUUCUACCUUUUCCUAAUGUUCAGAGAGUAGGCCUAUUAUAGUGUGUAAAUUAGCCUCCUUACUUCGUGGAAUAAAUAUUGUGAAAACUUGGUUUCUAUUGUUAGAUUUUUGACAUUAACCUUAUCUGGGCAGCUGUAUAGUUCUUAAGUUAAAUGGUGCACUUUUAACUCUUGUCACUUAUAUGUUAUGAUGACGUAUCGACUAAUGACAUCCAACAACAUGAAACUGCCUAUUUAUGCCGUAGCAUAUCUUUUUACACUUACUAAGUUUCUUUCAAAUUGAUGAGAUUUUGUUAUCUUCCUUUCUUGGGUUAAGCAUGCGCACAGUGGAAGAAAUGAAUGAAAAGGAAAUAAAAAGGAUGUAAUGUGACCCAUUGUUUACUGUGAGACAGAUUUUUGUACUGUAUUCGUGCAUUUGUUCAUGGAAACCUGGCAAUAUGCUUUCAUUGUUCUUCACUUUGUUCUAUGGACUAAACCUUGAAGAAGACAAAUAAAGUGGGCACAAUAAAGUUUACAGGCGAGAAUCGACGAUGUGA